AGAGAAAACCAAUGGUGUAGUGUAGUAGUACUGUCCAGCACUUUGUCAUUGCCAGGAGGAUAAACAAUUUCUUGGACUAAGCAAAGAGUGUGUUGUGAGAAAAAGCAGUCACUUUUCAUUUCCCAAUUUAUCUUUUUAGGGUUUACUUUCUCCACCCCUUCUCUUUUCUUCUUCCCAAAACAUUCAUUUAGUAUAUACAAAAAGUCCCAAAUUCAAAUCUUGCUCAUAUUUGCUGGAUCUUGAUUUGCAAUUUAUCUGUGAGUGAGUUCUUCUGACAACUGCAUUUUCUUUCCAUAUAUAUAUCAGUCCUUUUGUUGUUGUUGUUGUAUGUGUUGACUUUCUUGAUUUGGGGUGGGAAUUGUUUGUUGGGGUUGUGUUUUUUUGAUCAUUUGACAUGAUGAAGAGCAAAAGAUUGAAUCUUUUAGAAGUUUGUUUCAGUGUAUUGCAUUUAUAGGGGCUUUAGGGCUUUGGGGGCAGUUUUCUAUAAGGAAAGAUUUAAUCUUUAUGUGUUAAGUUGUUUGAUUAUUCAGAUUCAUUUGUGGGUUCGUUAGUGGGAUUUUGGUGAAUUUAAGGAUGACCCAGAUGGAGAAAGGGAUUGAAAAUUUGAUGUCAGCAAGAAAAUGUUUGAGGGCAAAUUUUGAAAAGUCAAAAGCUUUAGGUUUAUCUAUUGAAAAAGCUGGGCCUAGAUUUGAUGAGAUUAUUCAGAGAUUGCCAGCUUUGGAGGCUGCUAUAAGGCCAAUUAGGGCUCAGAAAGAUGCUCUUGGUGCUGUUGGGGGACAUAUUAAUCGUGCUGUUGUCCCUGCGACGGCGGUUUUAAAAGUGUUUGAUGCAAUUCAUGGACUGGAGAGGUCGUUGUCUGAUCCUCAAUCGGACCUCCCAGGGUACCUUGGUGUGCUUAAGAGGCUUGAAGAGGCAUUGAGAUUUUUAGGGGAGAACUGUGAGAUGGCAAUUCAGUGGUUGGCAGAUAUUGCGGAGUACCUAGAGGAUCAUGCAGUUGCUGAUGACAGGUUUACUUCAAGUAUGAAGGAGGCAUUGACUUCUCUAAGGGAAUUGCACAGUGGGGACGAAAAGGGCCGGCUUGACGGAGGGCUUCUUGAGGUUGCGUUAGACAGAUUGGAAAGUGAAUUUCGACGGCUCUUGGUUGAAAAUACUAUUCCACUGCCAAUGUCUGAUCCAGCCUUGCCAGGUGAACAAGCCUGCAUUGCGCCCUCGCCUUUGCCAGUGAUGGUUAUCCAGAAGCUACAGGCUAUAAUCGGAAGAUUGAUUGCUAAUAACAGGCUUGAUAAGUGCAUAUCUAUUUAUGUUGAGGUGAGGAGUUCUAAUGUCCGGUUAAGUUUGCAGGCUCUUAAUUUGGAUUAUUUAGAAAUUUCAGUCUCCGAGUUCAAUGAUGUGCAGAGCAUAGAGGGUCACAUUGCUCAGUGGGGUAAGCAUUUAGAAUUUGCUGUAAAACAUCUUUUUGAAGCAGAAUAUAAACUUUGUAAUGAUGUGUUUGAGAGAAUCGGGUUGGAUGUGUGGAUGAGCUGUUUCGCUAAGAUAGCUGCCCAAGCAGGCAUUCUUGCAUUCCUUCAAUUUGGAAAAAUGGUUACAGAGAGUAAGAAGGAUCCUAUCAAGCUGUUGAAGUUGUUGGACAUAUUUGCAUCUUUAAACAAGUUAAGAUUGGAUUUCAAUCGGCUCUUUGGUGGAAGUGCGUGUUUGGAAAUACAAAAUUUGACUAGGGAUUUAAUCAAGAGUGUGAUUGAAGGUGCUAGUGAGAUCUUUUGGGAACUUCUGGUUCAAGUUGAGUUGCAAAGGCAAAUGCCACCUCCUCCUGAUGGUAGUGUUCCGAAACUUAUCAUUUUCAUCACCGACUAUUGCAAUAAGCUGCUUGGGGAUGAUUAUAAGUCUAUCCUCACCCAAGUUCUGAUUAUUGAAAGAAGUUGGAAGCAGGAAAAAUUUCAGGAGCGCCUUCUCAUUAAUGAGCUACUGAAUAUAAUGAGAGCUGUUGACGUGAAUUUAGAGACAUGGUCAAAGGCCUAUCAAGAUGUUAUUUUGUCAUAUGUGUUCUUGAUGAAUAAUCAUUGGCAUCUAUAUAAGCAUUUGAAAGGAACUAAGCUUGGAGGUCUGAUGGGAGAUUCUCGGUUAAAGGAGCAUGAACAGUACAAGGAGUACUAUUCUGCCUUUUUCUUGAAAGACAGCUGGGGAAAGCUUCCUGCUUUAUUAAGCAGGGAAGGUCUUAUUUUGUUUUCAGGUGGGCGCGCCACUGCUCGUGAUCUUGUCAAGAAACGAUUAAAAGCUUUUAACGAAGCAUUUGAUGACAUGUAUAAGAAGCAGACUCAUUGGGUAAUGCUGGACAAAGACCUACGGGAUAAGACAUGCCAGUCAAUCAUUCAAGCAAUUGUGCCUGUUUACCGAAGUUACAUGCAGAACUAUGGACCAUUGGUUGAACAAGAAGGAAAUGGCAAAUAUGUGAAAUAUACAGCUCAAUCGUUGGAAAAAGUGUUGAACGGUCUGUUUCAUCCAAAACCUUUGAAACAUGGUAGUUUUAAAGUUCGACAUCCUAGUGGAAAAUUCAGCAAUGUUAUAACAGAUCAGAAUCAGACUUCUCCGACUGUUAAGUAAUCGUUAAGGCAACAGUUAAACUUGACAGGUCUUCUGGUGUUCAUCUGUCACUCUGUGUAUAGUAAGUUUCUGAAGGAUUCAUUCACUACCAUUUAGCCAGGUCGGAUUUACAAGCAUAAAGAAGCACAUCCUCACCACACAAAACAGUUGACACACUGGGAUGCAGCUAUCCUCAACUGGCCCCUUAGUUAGAUCUAUGGAGGACUUUUCGGCUAAACUUAUUCAAUUUGUCUCGCAUACUUACUAGUUCAGCGACAAAGUAUGAAGCAGUACAGUCCCCUGAAUUGCUGUUGCUGCUGUCUUGUACAAUAUAGGUAAUUUUCAUUUCUAGAGGUUUACCAAUUCUUAUAUGUAUCUUUAUGAUCCUUACAUAAUAUGCAACAUGUUAUUUGUUCCUGUUAGAUGGAAAUGUUAGUUGAAGUAGAGCUCUGAGCUCUGAGCGUUAGUCGGAACGAUGUUUAUCAAUAAAGAUAAUAUGCUGUCUUCUUUA